AGACAUUACAAAUCAUUCGUUUUGUCUCACAGUGUAACACAAGUUUAUAGUUCAGUACAAUGUUCUUUAAGUGCUCUAUUUGGUUUCUAUAUUUUAUUAUAGCUGCUAAUACAGUACUGGGAGAAACCGAAGAUGAAAACGAUCUUAUAAGAGGUUCGUACGAUAAUUGUAGAAAAUGGUUGGCCAAACCUCAACACAGUUUUAUUACAAGGUUAGAUUUUUUGUUGUACAUGGGAAAAAACAUAAGCGAUUGGUAUGCCUUAGAUUUUUACUUCGCUACCAAUCCAGCUGCCAAUGAAAAAAGAGCUGCUAUAGAUUUAAGUCUAUAUGGUGAACUUUUUAAACACAUAUGCAACAAACACGGCCGUUCUGUAAGAGACUGUGCAAAAUAUAGAAAAAAGAAAGCGGCAUCCAGGACAUACCGUGCGGCUACAAUGUUAGAAUGGGAGGAUCGCGAUAGUAGCCAAGAAUAAAGGUUACAAGAAAAAAUACAGACAAUUUUUCAUAAUUUAACAUGUUUAAAAAACGUUUAAAAAUACAAUAAGUCAAAAUAUCUACAUUUUAUGACGCCAUUCAAAUUGUUUUUUCGUUCAUUUGUUAAUUAUGAUGAAGACUGUUUUUGAAAAAUUAAAAAAAUCGUAAAAAAAAAAGAAUAGACAAUUUUUUAUAAUCUAUUAAUAACAUGUUAAAAAAUACAAUCAGUCAAAACAAAUUGUGUGACAUCUUUUUGCGUUGAAUAUUUUAUAUUAUAACUAUGCCUAAGCAACUAUACUUUAACAAUAUAAUUUUGCAUGCACGAGUAAAACAUAAUGUAACAGUUGAAAAAAAACAUAUCAAGACAUUUGUGUGAACAUAAAUUAAAAUAGUAUGUCUGAUUCGACAAAUGGAAAUAGCAAAAACCAAAUGGAAACAAAUUAUGUUUUAUAUAUUUAAAAUAGCCUUUUAUAAAAAAAUAUAA